GAAAAUGUAACUAUACUGAAAUGAAUGAAAAAGUUUUUUGAUCAACAUUUUUUUUAAUUGUGACAUUUUCCCUGGCGUGCGAAACUUUUUUUAUGUGUGCGAAUUUAAAAAGGACAAAGAAAAUGGCGGAGUCUUUGUCUUAUUACUUGAUGUUUUUAAAUCUGAAUUGAAACAUAUUUCGCGAUCAAGAAAACAAUAAAGAAAGCUAAAAAUAUCGACCACGCCAUCAAUUGAGAACUGGGAAUACCCGCGACCGGUUCUACAGUAACAGGAAAAAGUUUGCACCGCUGUGCAUAAAACUAUCCACUUAUAUUCGUGCAUGAGGUCACCAUUCGCAAAAAGAUUGAAUCCGCGCGACGUGGCCGCAACUUGUUUGCUCUAAAUUGUGUAAAUUUAGAGUGAUUUUUAAUUUAGAAAAGUAUUUAUUAGCUAUUUAGUGUAAUUUUACGACAGAAAAAGCAAAAGUGAAGUUAAAAAUAUGAAUGUUUCUAAGGUAGACAACGAAGAGUCGUCGAGUUCACUGCUAAAUGCGGAUUAUCCUGGUUACCCCUCGUUGCCUCCGCCGUACUCCCCGCCAGAAAAAAAAUCUGGAAUACCACCUAAUGAGGGAGAUGGCAACACCAGCUCUUUCUACAGACCGGAAGAUUCAGGAGCUGAAAUAAAUCGUAGUAAUUGUAAUGUGGUGAUCGUGAGCGCUAUGCCUCCAGUUGGACCAAAAUCGACGAAGUUAACUUGUCCGUCGUGUAAGGCGACCGUGUCAAGCAAAGUCAGCUUCAAGCCAACAACGAAAACUCAUCUGAUCGCAUUGCUUCUAUGUUGUUGCUUGUGCUGGCCAUGUGUCUGCGUACCAUACUGCGUUAAUUCCUGUCGGAAUGCGAAUCACUAUUGCCCCAAUUGUAAAGCUUUUUUGGGAACUUAUCAAAGUUAAUUGUUACGUCAACAAAAUUCAGAAACGUAUACGUUUUAAUUACGAUAUUUGAGAAAAGCUUAUCUUUUUAUACUUACUUGUAUAUCAAAGUAAUCGAAUUAAAAAUUGUUUGCAUUUAUUAUUAACAUAGUUAAGCGAAAGAAGAAUGCAGGGUUCGUAGCAUGGCAAAUGGAGACAAGUCUUUAGUAGGUACUUGUCUAUUCCUUUAGAAAAGAGGAAUGAUUUUAUGUAUGUAAGAUGUUUAGUUAAGUUUUCGUCAAUAAAAUUUUAUAGAUUUAUAAAAGGUAUAUACUAUCUUAUCAAUUCGUUGAGUAAAUUUUAUAUGACGUAUUUUAGAUUCAUUAUAAUAAAAUAAAUUUAAUAUUCUCGAAA